AUGGCCGACAUUGAGGUGGCUGUCAACGUGCGGUCCGAGCGGGGCCCGACCAAGAAGCGGAGACGGGUUGUCAUUUCGUGUACCGAGUGCCAUCGACGGAAGCAAAAGUGCGAUCGCGAGCUGCCAUGCGGCAACUGCAGGUCCAGGAACAAGGAAGCCCACUGCGCCUAUGAGGCCGGCGCGCCCACCGCCCGCGAGCAGGAGACGCAGGCUGGCCUCUACUCCUCCAAGCACAACGAUGGCGUCCCGCCAACUUCAAAGGCCGAGCCGCUGUCGUCCAUAGCCUCGUCCUGGGGAUAUGCUCAGUCGGGAGCAUCCACACUCUGCUUCCUCCAGAAGAUUGAGAGGGCCAGCACGGCAGAUGGCGAGGACGCGCUGUCCAGCGCCUCGGGUCAGGCAUCAUACCAAGACACCUUUGCCGUCAAGGAGAAAUACAAGGGGCUGAUCCGACUGCUGCCCGCCAGGAUGUACAUUGACCAGCUGGCCGAAAUCUUCUUCAAGGACUUCAACUGGCAGUAUUACCUUGUCGAGCCCCAGAUCUUUCACGAGCUGCUUGAUCAAUGGAGCAACUUGCCCUUCAAAGUCCUCUCUUCACGCGGCCCGGAAGCCUUGUCACCAGAUCUGAGAGUCUUUCCAGCACUGCUGUUCGAAAUAAUUGCAACAGCAAUGCUUGUUCUCCCCAAGUCUCUACACGAGUCGUUUGAAUCGCUCAAAUACGCUGCCAACAUGACAUUUGAGGAUCUGGCGGCCGAUUACAGCGAGUCUGGGGUUGCCAUCAUCGACCUCUUUGGCCCCAAGAUGCUAUCUUCGACGUCAAUCCAGGUUGGAUUCAUGCGAGCGGCCUUCCUCAAGUAUACCGCUAACGUUACUGAAUCGUGGCACCAGAUUGGCAAAACGAUAAGAGACGCGCAAGAGCUUGGCAUGCACCGAGAUGCACUCGAUCCCAAGCCGACGUCCAACGAUGUAGAAAGCGUCUUGUUAAAUCAGUGGCAGGUAGAGAAGAGGAGGCAUCUGUACAUGAUGCUGGCAACAUGGGACAUUCACAUGUGUCUCAUCUUGGGCCGCCCAGGCUCUCUAGAUUGGAGGCAUGGCAUGCCGUCGCUUCCCAUUGAUGCACGGUUUACGAUGGCCUCGGAUCGAUCCAAGACGCCAGUCAUCCCCAGGGAAGAAGGCAUCGAUCCCCCUACGCCACUGACGAGAAACUUAUUCCUGUACAAAGUCAUGAUACCAUUGCGGGAUGUUCUAGACUUGGAGUCGGAAGGGCCGUGCCCCAGAGAUUUUUCAAAGGUGCUCAAGGUACAACAGAACAUCAUGGAGAUCCAUGACAGCACGCCGGCCGUCUUCCGAGUGGAGAACCCCGACAGACAAUGGGAUCAAAGGUCCGAUAUGUAUUGGCUUCCGCAGGCAAGGUGCUUGUCUGAACAAAUGUUCUACUUCACAUUGGUGGCGCUUCAUCGGCCCUACAUCUUCCAUCGGGAAGACAGUCGGGUUGAGGUGAUCAAGGGCAGUCUCGGCAUGCUCGAAAUGCAGAGGCAGCUGUUUGCGGGGCUGCCGCCCAAAUCGUGGAGGAACUGGCAUUUGUUCUACGGUAGUUUCGACGCAGUUACGCUGAUUGCAACCAUCUACAUAUUGUUCCCUUACGAGAAUGCCGAGUAUCGAGAAAUUGCGCUGCAGCAUUGCCACUGGACGGUUGAGCGGUUCGCAACUAUGAAGGACAUGAAUCCCUUGGCCAAGUCGGCAAUAGGGGUUCUCCGCGCAGUCGUGGCCAGACUUGUCAAAGCCAUUGGAAAUUGUGCACCCUCUUCUCAACGCAACGCCUCCGAUACACCUUUAUCGACCACGAGGACCCUGGGAUCAACCCCAGCAAGUUCGAUCGGCAAGGGCUCGAUCGGCAGGAGUUCAGUGGAAGGAAGCCUCAAAGUAUCCUCGGAGCCGGUGUCGUCGGCGGCGACGGCCCAGUCUACCGGAGAGGAUGAGUCGUCAGCUUUUUCGGCAAUGAUGCCUGGCGGAUGGGAGAUGCCACAAGAUGGGAGUGGUUUUCCCGGCGUUGCGCCCUUCUUCGCGAUGGGAGAUCUCAUAUACAAAGACCUGACGGUAGACCAGGACGAAGAUGUCACACUGCAGACUGACGCGGAAAUUCUUGGAGGAGAUUCAUUCAUGUGGCAAUUUGAAGGAGGUUUUGGACAAGAUACAGUGUGGCAGAUCUUCAACCAGCAUCAGCCAGGAACCAACGAAACCGGCUGAGACGGGAGAUUUUCUGAGGGUAGCGUGAUGCGCCGUGCCGUCUGAUUCAACUGGAGGAACUGGCGGUGACGGCGUGGUUUGUACAGACCAGGAGGGAGGCGAAAGAGGGUUUGAUGAGGUGGCUUGAUUCUGUGAGACACUACCAACUAAGCUGGACGCCUCUGCUCGUUUUUCUGAGACACAGGGAAAGAAGUCAAGUGGCGGAGUCAAUAGGAGCAGUGAUGAUUGGCUCCAAGGCCGACAAACGAG